GAUUGGUCUAUUUUCUUAUGCAAGUGCUUAUGGACCAAUCAAUUGUCUUAUGUGUAUGCUCAUGCGCUUAUGCAAGUUUGUAUGGAUAUACCUUUGUGCAUUAAGAUUUAACUGUAAAAACUCGUCGUAAUAAAAAAAUCACUGAGUGCUCACUGAGCUAUCUGCUUUUUUGCAGGCCUAUUCUCUUUGGCUGAACUUUUUACGCGAUUUAUCUUUUCUCUUUUACUUCUCUCGCGUUGGAGAGAAGAAAAAAAAAAGAAUAAACUCGUGCACACAAAGUACACGAGAAGUGCGGCGAAAAGGAACAGACUUUCCACCGGACGCGGUCAAUGUUGGCAACGUUCACGGCAAAUAGUGAUCUUUCGUUGCAUGACGUUGGCCACGACGAAUGACGAUCGACUGGGGCAAGUGUGCGCGCUUGGCUUCAUUCGUUCGGUAACAAUGGCGGCAGAUCUGGACCAGUUUCAACAGCUUCUAAAUACACUGCUCAGCACAGAUAACGAUGUUCGGGCGCAGGCGGAGGAGGCGUAUGGCAAUCUUCCAGUGGAAAGCAAGGUGACGUUUCUUUUAACUACCAUUUGCAAUGGUACCCUUGCUGAAGAAAUGCGGACCAUUGCUGCAGUGUUAUUGCGUCGAUUAUUCUCCUCAGAAUUUAUGGACUUUUAUCCCAAGAUUCCACCAGAGGCACAAGCUCAGUUGAAGGAGCAAAUUUUAUUAUCAGUCCAAAAUGAACAAACCGAAACUAUUCGACGUAAAGUCUGUGACGUUGCAGCCGAAGUUGCCAGGAAUUUAAUAGACGAAGAUGGCAAUAAUCAAUGGCCGGAAUUUCUUCAGUUCCUAUUUCAAUGCGCGAAUAGUCCAUUGCCGGCAUUAAAAGAAAGCGCGCUUCGUAUGUUUACAUCCGUCCCAGGUGUAUUUGGAAAUCAACAAGCAAAUCAUCUUGAACUUAUAAAACAAAUGUUACAACAGUCUGUCAUGGAUAUGGCAAAUUAUGAGGUCAGGUUUCAAGCGGUACGAGCAAUUGGGGCAUUUAUUACAUUACAUGACAAAGAGGAAAAUAUAUACAAACAUUUCUCAGAACUAGUUCCAGCGCUUGUACAAGUAACUGCUCAAUCUAUAGAAAAGCAGGAUGAUGAUUCUCUUAUAAAGGUGUUGAUAGAUCUUGCUGAAACCACACCAAAAUUCCUCAGGGGACAAUCAGAUAACAUUAUGCAGAUGUGCAUGAAUGUAAUUUCCAACGAAGAGAUUCCUGACUCUUGGAGACAAUUGGCACUAGAAGUUAUCGUAACUCUGGCGGAAACUGCACCGGCUAUGGUCCGGAAAGUUGGUCAAAAGUAUAUUGUAGCCUUAGUACCAUUGAUAUUGAAGAUGAUGACUGACUUGGAGGAAGAUGAAAAAUGGAGUUUCUCUGACGAAAUUACUGAAGAGGAUAAUGAUAGCAACAAUGUAGUUGCGGAAAGUGCUUUAGAUAGAUUGGCAUGUGGCUUGGGAGGGAAAACGAUGCUACCACAAAUUGUGCAAAAUAUCCCUACAAUGUUAAAUAACACCGAUUGGAAGUACAGACACGCAGCACUUAUGGCUAUCUCAGCUGUUGGAGAAGGAUGUCAUAAACAAAUGGAAGCUCUUUUACCACAAAUAAUGGACGGAGUUAUACAAUAUUUACAAGAUCCGCAUCCUCGUGUAAGAUAUGCUGCCUGCAAUGCAGUAGGGCAAAUGUCUACAGAUUUUUCACCUAUGUUUGAAAAGAAAUUUCACGAUAAAGUUAUCCCUGGAUUAUUGAUGGUGUUGGACGAUAAUGCGAAUCCUAGAGUUCAAGCUCAUGCCGGCGCUGCUCUUGUAAACUUCAGCGAAGAUUGCCCGAAAAAUAUUCUAAUACCGUAUCUCGAUGCCAUAAUGGCUAAACUUGAAUCAAUAUUGAAUGCUAAAUUCCAUGAAUUGGUGGAAAAGGGAACGAAACUCGUACUUGAACAGGUUGUGACAACAAUUGCCUCUGUUGCGGAUACAUGUGAAGAGCAAUUUGUAACAUAUUAUGACAGGUUGAUGCCUUGUUUAAAAUAUAUUAUUCAAAAUGCAAAUCAACAAGAACACAAAAUAUUACGAGGCAAAACGAUUGAAUGCGUCAGUCUUAUAGGCUUAGCUGUGGGCCCAGAAAAGUUUAUUGCUGAUGCUAGCGAAGUUAUGGAUAUGUUACUUAAAACGCAUACAGAAGGCGAUCUUCCCGAUGACGAUCCGCAAACCAGUUAUCUUAUAUCUGCUUGGGCCAGGAUUUGUAAAAUUCUUGGAAAACAAUUCGAACAGUACUUACCGUUAGUAAUGGGACCUGUGUUGCGAACAGCCGCUAUGAAACCUGAAGUUGCACUAUUAGAUAAUGAAGAUAUGGAAGGCAUCGAGGGUGAUCUUGACUGGCAGUUUGUUUCACUAGGAGAGCAACAAAACUUUGGAAUUAAAACGGCUGGUUUGGAGGAUAAGGCUUCUGCAUGCGAAAUGUUAGUUUGUUAUGCACGAGAAUUAAAGGAGGGCUUUGCGGAUUAUGCGGAAGAGGUCGUACGAUUGAUGGUGCCGAUGUUGAAGUUUUAUUUCCAUGACGGUGUCAGAACUGCAGCUGCGGCAAGUUUGCCGUAUCUACUCGACUGUGCUAAAAUAAAAGGUCCACAAUAUCUAGAGGGUAUGUGGGCAUACAUUUGUCCAGAUCUGUUAAAAGCUAUUGAUACAGAACCAGAAUCUGAAGUGUUGUUGGAAUUAUUGUCUUCUUUAGCGAAAUGUAUUGAGACACUGGGCGCAGGUUGUUUAAGUGCGCCUCAUAUGACUGAACUUUUACGACUUUUAGAUAAAUUACUUACUGAACAUUUUGACAGAGCAGUUGCUAGAUUAGAAAAACGAAAAGAUGAGGAUUAUGAUGAGGUUGUUGAAGAACAACUUGCUGAUGAAGACAAUGAGGAUGUAUACACGCUCAGCAAAAUUGCUGACAUUUUACAUGCCUUAUUUACGACUUACAAAUCCUCCUUUUUCCCAUACUUUGAUCAAAUAUGUGGACAUUUUGUUAAAUUAUUGAGCCUCGAAAGAUCAUGGUCCGAUCAUCAAUGGGCUUUAUGUGUAUUUGAUGAUGUUAUAGAAUUUGGAGGACCUGAUUGCGCGAAAUAUCAAGAAUUCUUUUUGCGACCCAUGAUUCAAUAUGUUUCUGAUAAAUCUGCAGAAGUUAGACAAGCGGCAGCUUACGGUUGCGGAGUUUUAGGCCAAUUUGGUGGAGAAGGUUUUGCCCAAGCGUGUGCAGAAGCUUUACCAAAACUAAUGGAAGUUAUCAGUGACCCGGAAUCUAGGUCACCAGAAAAUGUAAACCCCACUGAAAAUGCUAUUUCGGCAGUGACUAAAAUUCUCAAAUACAAUAAUUCAGCAAUCAACGUCGAUGAAAUUCUUCCACACUGGCUGACUUGGUUGCCAGUCGUUGAAGAUGAAGAUGAAGCACCUCACGUAUAUGGAUACCUGUGCGAUUUGAUUGAAGCAAAUCACGCAGUAGUUUUAGGAACGAAUAAUUCGCAUUUGCCUCGGCUUAUAAGUUUCUUUGCCGAAGCAUUGUUCAGAGAAGCCGUGCCUACCGACCAUCCCGUUAUGUCUAGAAUUCUUAGUAUCGUUAGAGAAAUACAGAACAACGACACGAUAUUCCAGGCGACCAUAAUGCAGUUAACAACAGAUCAACAACAGGCGCUUCAUGAGGCACUUAGUGCAUUAAGUUGAAUUUUUAACAUCGUAACAAAUAAAAAAAAUUAAUGCUCCGUUGAUUAAUCUCUUGAAGAAAUCGUAAAGAUUGUAGGUAUAUUGAGAUACAUACCUAUGAGACAUUCGCCUAGUUAUACACACACACGUAAAUAUAUUUAAGCAUUCUACGUAUUAUUAUUAUCCACGUACUUGUUGAGUAUGUAUUUCUGUAUCAUUAUCAGAUAUUGAUUAGUUUUCUAUCGUCAGGGAUUGUUAAACUUUUGAAGCAAAAUUAGAGUUUUGAUUUUACAGUGCUUCUACGAAUGAAGACAAGUCGAAAAAAAAAACAUUUUAUCAAUUAUGAAUGAACUUGCAUUGGCAGAAUUAAACAAAAAAAGCUGUUUAUAUAUUUUAAACUCAAUAUUUUAUACAUAUAUACUUGUUGUAUAUAUAUACAUAUAUCUAUCUCUUUUCUUCCUGCAUCACAUUGGUGAAUACUAUUAAAAAGUUUAUGAAUAAUGACGUUGACUUAAAUCAAACGUUCAAGCGAUAAUGUUCUGCCAUUGAGAAUCGAACGAUACUAAAUUAUUUUAAAAAAUAAUGGCUUUGUAAAAAAAUUGCGUACGUACGUUGUGUAAUACGUACAUAUAGCUUUGUUAUGCGAGUGUAACAUUAAGGAAUUAUGGUUUUGUUACUGUGAUCUUUCUAAAUUGUGUUUUGAGCUAUCUCCACGUUCCGAUGAAAUAACAAAGCUAAUGCAAGAUAGACUGGAAAGCCUCGUAGCCAUGAAGUGAACACGUGACAUUGUGAUUUAGGUAUUUUUAUUAUUAAAUUUAGAUACAGUAAAUGUUAUUUAAUAAUAAUAUCGAUAAUGUUGCAGCGUUGAGAUUCUGUAUACGAAUGCCUUUUGAAUGAAACGUAAUGAAAAGUUUUUAAACUUUUAGAUUUAUGAUCUAUGAGAUAUGACUUUACAACGUAUAUAACAAAUAUAUUUUUUUUUCUCAUAAAAAUAUAUGUUGGAAUGCUAUAAAUUCUUGUAAUCUUACAGCUAAUAUUGAGUUACACUUAGCUGUAAUUUUACAACUAUUCAUGUCAUAAACCAAAUGUUAUUCGAAAAUAAAAAGAAGGUGGAAAAAGCAAAAAAAACUUGGUUAUACAAAAUACAUUACGUUUCUUUCGGCUGAUGUGACACGAUGAGAAUUGAGAUGUUGAAUGAAAAAGGACUGAGCGAUAUAAUCUGUUUAAACAACUCCUCCCCUCCCAUUUUCUUAUUAUUUAUUUAUAAAAUACGUACUCCAAUACUUGCGACUGUAUGCGAAAUUUUACUGACGGAAAGACUAUCUCUACUACACCUCACGGCUACUCCAAAUAUGAAUGCUCCAAGUAACAACCUUUUUUUACUAAGGACGUGUAGAGGAGUAAAAGUAAAAAAUAAACAUUUAUUUGUACAUACGUCAAAGUAUAUAAAAAUAUCGCGAACAAGUAUAUAGAGUAGAAGUACUUGAUUGUAACUAAUCCUUGAUAUAUGGUAGGCACUGCCUCGUUAUUUCACAGAAAAUCAACACAAUCUUGUGCACAUAAUUGCAGCAGAUACAUACGGAAAAUUAAUAUUGGACUGUUUAUGCGAUAUGCAUUUGCGACAGAGUUGAAGAGCUAAAAAUCAAUGUGAAAAGGAAAAAUUAUAAUUCUUAUAUAGAGAUUAUUUUAAAAUCAUUAUUAGCUAAAAUAAAUCUCAGCUUUGUAAUCAUUUGUUUUGCUUCACCUGCUACAUUCUUAAAUGUAUAUUUUAAUUUAAUUCUAUGGUUAUUAACAUUUUUUUUUGCAAAUUAACUUUGUUACGUUUCAUAUGAUGUAUAAUACAACGUAUAUUUAAUUCAAAUUUCGAACUAGAUUGUCGUAAAUAUCACAAAUUAAGUAUUUUAUUCAUUGUCGUUUAACAUUAAGUAUCUUGUGCAGCAAUAGUCUCAGUAAAAUUUAUUACAAGGUUAUAUGAUAAUUAUCCUAAGCGUUUUUUAUAACUUAUAAGUAUCGAUAAGAAAAUGAAAAAAAA